CGCUUGCAUGUAUUCUUGGGUCUCCCUUUACUUUUGGUGUCGCCUGUCUUGAGACUGCGACCUACGCAGCCAUGGAUUUUCUCAAGUCUGCAGUCGCUUCGGCCAUAUCAAAAGGGCCGGCCUUUGGGUACAGUUUUGGUGAUCGGGUAGACGUUGACGAAUCCAUCUGGACAUUGUACAAUGGCACAAAGCGAGAUGAUGGCUCGAAGUGCAGCAUAUUCUCCUUUGACGUCAGCGCGAACAAGUCUCGACUACCCCUGGCCCGCAAUGCGGUCCGCAAGCUACGCACCCUCCGACACCCGGGCGUUGUGAAAGUCUUAGACACUGUAGAAACGGAGUCAUACAUUUACAUUGCGACAGAGAGGCUCACCCCAUUGAGUUGGUAUGUCAAGAGGAAGAGUCUCGCUGAAGAGACGCUGAAAUGGGGCUUGCAUAACAUUGCCAAAACCCUCAAGUUCAUCAACAGCGACGCAACGUCCGUUCACGGCUCUAUCCGUCCCGCCUCCGUCUUCCUGAGCGAGAGCGGGGAGUGGAAGCUUGGAGGCUUCGAUGCCCUGAGCUCCAUGAAAGAGGACGAUGCCAUUCUUCCUACCUAUGGCGGCCUCGUCCCCGACUCAGGGCGAUAUAUGCCUCCAGAAGUGUCAAAAGGUGGAUGGGAAGUCAUGCGGCAAAACCCUACGCACGCAAUAGACGCGUACAAUUUUGGCACUCUCAUCCACGAAGUCUUCAAUGGCAGUUUCCUUGGAAGUGACCACCUCGGACAGAUGAAGAAUAUUCCUCCAAGUAUGCAUCAGAGCUACAAGCGGCUACUCAACGCAAACCCAAAAUCACGAAUGAGUGUGGGUCAGUUUCUGGAUCAGGGGCGACGCCUAGGGGGUUUCUUCCAAACGCCCUUGAUUCAAGUUACCGAUGAUAUCGAAUCUCUGGGUCUAAAAGGUGAUGCUGAGAGGGACGAGCUUCUCGGGAAACUGGAUGAAGUCGCGGAUGACUUCCCCGCAGAUUUCUUCAAGAUGAAGGUCUUGCCCGAGCUUCUCAAAUCAGUCGAGUUUGGCGGUGGCGGUGCAAAAGUCUUUAGCACUGUCAUGCAGAUAGGGACGAAACUUUCCGACGAAGAAUACGAGAGCCAGAUUACGCCCGUUGUCGUCCGUUUAUUUGCAAAUCCAGACCGGGCGAUCCGGGUGUGUCUGUUGGAUAAUCUCCCUUUGAUGAUUGACCGCCUGCCUCAGAAGAUGGUCAACGACAAGAUUUUCCCUCAAAUGGUCACCGGAUUCACGGAUGUCGCCCCGGUAGUAAGAGAGCAAACGGUGAAGGCAGUCCUUGUGGUGGUGCCUAAGCUGUCAGAUCGGAUCAUCAAUGGCGAAUUGCUACGGUACCUAGCGAAGACCUCCAAUGACGAACAGCCUGGCAUCCGGACGAACACUACUAUCUGCCUAGGGAAGAUUGCACGCAAUUUAGGUGCCAAUACGCGGGCAAAAGUACUCUCUGCUGCUUUCGCAAGAUCGCUGCGAGACCCCUUUGUGCAUGCUCGAAACGCCGCUCUAAUGGCACUAGCUGCAACUUCCGACCUUUUCACUGAAGAAGAUUGUGCUACAAAGCUUCUUCCAGUAAUGUGUCCUUCGCUUGUCGACAAAGACAAGGGGGUCCGCGACCAGGCCCAAAAAACGCUGGAUAUAUAUCUUGCCCGCAUUCGUAAAUACUCUCAAACUCUCCCUGAUGCUGCUCUCCCCUCUCCCUCAGCCUCUUCCGCUACAACUGGCGCUCCUCGCAUGGGAACACCCGCCAACGAUACAUCUUGGGCGGGCUGGGCGAUAUCGUCCUUCACCAACAAACUCACUGCCGCAAGUGGAGAUAUCCAAUCCGGGAGCAAUGGCCAAGCCACACAGCAACGCCCAUCCUCUGUCCCACCUCCGACUACCUUGAAGAUGGAGAAGCCUGCUUCGUUGACUUCAAAAACCGGCAUGGCCCUCACGAGACACGGCAACACAGUCCCUUCCAUUAUAUCGCCAGAUACAUCAACCGGCUUCGAUGAUGCAGACGAUUUCGGUGAUGAUUGGGGUGGUUUUGGAGACGACAACGGAGUCUCCAAGGAUAAGGAAGAAGAAGAUCCUUGGGCACCUACAGCAAGCAUGAACACAACAACUACAGCUUUUGAAGAUAAGGGUGAGCCGGAUUUUGCGGGUUGGUUAGCAGCGCAAUCGCAAUCGAAACAAAAGGCUAAGAAUCCAUUACCAAAAGGGUUGGCAAAGCCUUCCGCAACAAAGAUGACACGACCGGCUGUUGGCGCAAGACCGAAUACUACCGGGGCGACCGGGGCACGAAAAGUGGUUACUGCUCCGAAAAAGGAGACCCCGAAGGCUGAGCGAAAGAAAGCUGCCGAAGACGAAGAAGAAGGGUGGGGAGAUGCCUGGUAGUGGGUUUAAGACGAAGAGGAGCGAUUCUAGAUAAUACCCCAUUUCGAACUGUAAAUAGUGCAGCAUUGCUCAGGCGUUCAUAGAAGUCUGGAUCCAACGUUAUGGUUUUAGCUUUCAUGGCUCCAAAAAGGCUAGAUGAAGAAUGGCAUAAGACGACGCAUUCAACACUCAACGUGCUUAGCUGAGUGAUGUUUUACUGUCUCUUAUGGCGUAGAGGAAU